UUGGCUCGGUGGUACUUCACUCUACCCUUCUUUUUUCGGUCAUAUACCUGGCUUCUAUAAAAGCAGCCAAACAAUCCAGUUCCACUAGAUUGAGAUUUUUUCCAAAGCUCUCUUCCUCUUUCUUUGUCAACUCCGGUGGGGUGUUCUGAGAUCACAUAGAACGAUGGUGAAGGCCGUGGCUGUUCUUGGCAACAGUGAGGGUGUCCGUGGGACUAUCCACUUUACCCAAGAAGCUGAUGGCCCAACUACAGUAACUGGAAAUAUUUCUGGCCUUAAGCCUGGGCUCCAUGGGUUCCAUGUCCAUGCGCUUGGGGACACAACAAAUGGUUGCUUGUCAACUGGACCACAUUUCAAUCCUGCUGGAAAAGAGCAUGGUGCUCCUGAGGAUGAGAAUCGUCAUGCCGGCGAUCUGGGAAAUGUCACUGUUGGUGGUGAUGGCACUGCCACUUUCACAAUAAUUGACAAGCAGAUUCCACUUUUUGGACCACAUUCCAUUAUUGGAAGGGCUGUUGUUGUCCACGGGGAUCCAGAUGACCUUGGCAAGGGGGGACAUGAACUUAGCAAAAGCACUGGAAAUGCCGGUGGCCGGGUAGCUUGUGGUAUCAUCGGCCUGCAAGGAUGAAGUGCCUUUCCCAAUCCCUAUGUGCAUGCAGUAGAAACAUACAUCCUGCUAGUAUGCUUGUGAAGGGCUUGAUCAAAACUCUUCUAAAUAAAUAACAAACCUUCUAUUUUCCAUUUGGUCUGUUUUGGUGGUCUUAAGUUGUGUGCUAUGUUUCUAACUGUUGUAGCACUUUCCUUUUGUUAGCAAUGAAGUUAAGUUUUCAUUCA